UAUCUAUAUCUUGUGUUAUAAUUAAAAAGCCUAGGCCAUGAAGUUGUGGCUAAUAUAAUGUUUAAUUGAGUUAGAAAAUCACAAAAAAAAAAAAUUUAUCGUUGCAGAAUAUUAAUAUUUCAUUAAAUUAAGUUAAUUUUAUUUUAACUUGUUUGAUAAUAUCUCAAUAAUCCUUUGAAGUUUAUAAAAUGAGUAAUAUUUAUAUACAAGAACCGCCUACUUCUGGCAAAGUUGUACUCAAAACUUCAUUUGGCGAUAUUGAAAUUGAAUUAUGGUCAAGAGAAGCACCAAAAGCUUGUAGAAAUUUUGUUCAGUUAUGUAUUGAAGGAUAUUAUGAUGGAGUUUUGUUUCAUCGUAUUGUCAAAGGAUUUAUAGCUCAAGGUGGUGAUCCAACUGCAACUGGAGCAGGUGGUGAAUCAAUUUAUGGCCAUCCAUUUAAAGAUGAAAUCCAUUCACGUCUUCGGUUUAAUCGACGUGGUUUGGUGGCUAUGGCAAAUGCCGGAAAAGAUGAUAAUGGAUCUCAGUUCUUUUUCACAUUAGGAUCUACUCCAGAACUUCAAUCCAAACAUACAAUAUUUGGAAAAGUUGCUGGUGACACUAUCUUUAAUUUAACCAAAUUAAAUGAAACUCUUGUGGAUACGGAAGAUAAACCAGUUUAUGAUCAAAAAAUACUAAAAACUAUAGUACUAAAUAAUCCUUUCCCUGAUAUUGUUCCUAGAGUUGAAAAAAAAAUUGAAAAAGUUGAAAAAGUUUCAAAAAAAAAAGAGGUUGCUGGUGUCAAAAAUUUUAAGCUUUUAUCAUUUGGUGAAGAAGCUGAAGAGGACGAAGAAGAACUUAUUGAUGUUGUUAAAGAGUUUAGUGGUAGACCAAAAUCUACUCAUGAUGUUCUUAAGGAUCCUCAGUUAAGUUCAGAACCUGCUGUUAUAGAUAAUGAACUUACAGAUGAUAUAGCUAUACCUUCAAGUGAUCAGACAUCAAAAAUAAGUAUUGAUGAUGUCCGGUCAAAGUUGUCAUCUAAUAGUAAAAAUAAAAAGUUUGUACCUAAAUCAGUUGAACAAUCAAAUGAAGAAGAUUUUGAUGACUAUGAACUUGGAAAAGAUCUAAAAGAAGAGAAAAAAAAAAAAGCAGAGGAAAUCCGAAAAGAAAUAAAUCAAAUUAAAUCUCAGCUAUCAAAAAAAAAAAAAGAUAAAAAAAAUGAUAUAGAUAUAGAUAAUACACCUAGUAUACCUAUAUUGCCUAUUGAUCCACUUAAGCAUCAAUAUUUGGAAAAUAUAAAAAUUUAUUCUUCCAAAAAAAGUGAAAUUCCAAAAAAAGGUUCAAAUAGAGAAGAAUUUUCUCUUAGCCUUUUAGAGAAAUUCAAAAAUAAACUACAUAAUGCUAUACAAUCAAGCCAAGAAAAACCUGAAAAAGUAUCUGAAACAGAAGAAGAAGAUGAUGAUUGGAAAAGUCAUCCGCUUAAAUUUCAGAAAGAUGAUGCUGUACUUGCAAAAGAUGCAAAUAAAAAAGAUGACGAUUGGUUUGAAAUAUAUGAUCCUAGAAGUGCUAUCAAUAAAAGGAAACGUGAAUCAAAUAAAUUAAAUUCAAAAAUUGAAAAAGAUAAAAAAGCAAGACUUUAAUAUAAUAAUAUAUAAAAAUUUUAUCAAACGUAUCUUACUUUUCUUAGAAUUUGUCAAAAAAUUGAUUAUAUUAGUUUAGUAGAAAAAAAAAACAUUGAAAUGUCAUUGAGUUAUCAAAUUAAAAUUGUGAAAGUAAAAUUAAUACAUUAAAUUUUACUAUUGAAAUCAGACAUAUUCAAGUUUUUAAAGAGAUUUAUUAAAGAAUUGAGUAUUUAUUUGGUAAUCAUUUUCACUGCAUUUAGUAAUCUAUAAAACAUAGUAUUGAUAUGAUGUAUUUUAUUUAUCUUACUUUCAAGGGAUUAUUCAAUUUAUAAAUAAUUUAUACUCUAGAUCAGUGUUUCCCAAACUGUGGUCUACACACCCCUAAGAGUUUGCAUGUGUAACGGAGGAGGUCUGCAAAUGUAAAUUAAAUUAUACCAUAUUACAUUAUUUAAUAUUAUUUUUUUUUUUUUUUUUUGUCUGCAAUCAUUUUUACUAUAUUUAAGGAAUCCAGAAGAGAAAAAGUUUGAGAAACGCUGCUCUAGAUUGAAUAAAAUCAAAUUAUAUUCAGUACAUUGUAAACAAAAAUAUUCUUAACUAUAAUAUUAUACCGCUUGUGCAGU